UGACCAGCCCCUGGUAUUGGCAUUGUCAUACAUUUCGCACAAUAGGCUGCACGAGUGCUGGCUCCGAGAGAGUUUAAGUGUUUUAAGUAAAGAACAUCACAGUAAUAAUGUUGUUGUAGCGUGUUGUCGUGCUGGUACGCUCCCGCCGCGGCCAUGGGCUACGACAUCGGCUGGAUCAUCCCGCGGCUCCGGAACCCCGGGAGACUGUGGUACUGCGCGAGUUCUAUCACAGUCGCCGUCGUCGGAUUAUUUAGUAAAAUUAUCAUUGAGUUCCUGAACAAGACGACGGUGUACAACCGCGAGACGCUGGCGGCGGCGGUGCGGCGGCCGCGCGGGCAGCCGCUGCUCACCGUCUCCAACCACCACUCGUGCUUCGACGACCCCGGACUCUGGGGCGUGCUGGACGUGCGGUCGCUGACGAGCCGCUCGCGCAUGCGCUGGUCGCUGGCGGCGCACGACAUCUGCUUCACGAACGCGCUGCACUCGUGCUUCUUCGCGCUCGGCAAGUGCGUGCCCGUGGUGCGCGGCGCCGGCGUGCACCAGCCCGCCAUGGACUUCUGCGUGGAGCGGCUGGCGCGCGGCGAGUGGGUGCACAUCUUCCCCGAGGGCCGCGUCAACGUCAACAAGGAGCACAUCCGCUUCAAGUGGGGCGUGGGCCGGCUCGUGGCCGAGUGCCCCGCGCCGCCGCUCAUCGUGCCCGUGUGGCACGAGGGGCUGGACGCCGUGCUGCCCAACCAGGAGCCCUACCUGCUCAAGUUCCGCAAGCACGUCUUCCUCAACGUGGGCGAGCCCAUCCAGAUACACCAGCUGCUAGACAAGCUGCGGCGCGCGAACGCCAGCGAGGAGGAGACGCGCGCCGCCAUCACCGACACCAUCCAGCGCGAGCUGCUGCGCCUGCGCGACGCCACGCACGCGCUCAUCCGCCGCGCCGCGCCCAAGCGCGCCGCCGACCUGCUGGCGCCGCCGCCGCCGCGCCAGGACCCCGAGCCCGAGCUCUAGCGCCGCCAGUAUUACCCAGCCCACAGCUGGAGCCCGCCUCUACUCCUUACUUCUUCUAUUCUAAGUUUAUCACGUGGGAAUGUUUAUCGAUAAGGUUAAUAUGUCGUGUGCGGUGAGUACGUGUGUGUGCGUGUUGCGAAGUCGCGUCUUGUCGACGGCGCCGGCUUCGCCCACUGUUGAUGUCGCAGGAGCUUCUACGUAUUUUGUAUCUACUCACUAAUUUUUUAUAACGAAUUUUUUGAAUAUUUUUUUACACCAGUUUACCUAAUCUAUAUCAUUUAUAUCCCUUAGGAUAGCGACUAAUAUCGAGUGUCUCCUGUUAUACUGAGCGACGCCGCAGCUCGCGACGCGUCGCCGGACGCAUCGCGGGCUGCGGCGCGCCUCGCGGAUAUCAUACAUGUGAUGAGAGAUUUAAUUCAGCGGCUACCGCCAUCUCAACAACCAAAGACUGUUGCACACAUAAUGUACACAAUAUUUUAUAUCCAAAAUAUUUUUAAACAUGUUUAUUAAAAAUAAUCUUUUAAAUGAAUUAUAUUUUUCACAUAAAAGUAAAUAUUAAGGUAUAAUUUGGUGGCACACGUCGCAUAUUCUUAAGCCGUCCAUGCAUUGCGAGUCACGGGCCGAGACCGCGCACAGCGAGUGCCUCGCACCCUGGAUACACUUCAUGUAUACUCGUGACGAGGCAUAUGCUACGUAUGGCGAUGCCUCGACCCGACCAUAAUGUUGCUAUCAUUUUUCUAUAGACAGACACGCCUCAAGCCGAGGCAUUCAUUGUGCGCCGUCCAUGGCGCAUGCCUUGCAAUGUCUGGAUCCACCUUUAGGUGUUCAGUUGUGGACCGAGCGCUGCACCCUGUGUCACACACCAUUGACAUCGGACGUGUCAACUAUUUAUUGCGAAAAUAUUAUAUCAAUACGUACAGUCAACUUCAGGUCAGUGGUAACAGUUUUAUAGGAAAAUCGUACUUAUUACUAUUGAGUUAAGGUACAUGACAGUUACCACUGAUGUGCGGUCUACCGUACACUGCAACGGUAAUAGUACGAUGUCAAACUAAAAAUCAAUAUGUUCAAUUUUUUAUGGCAAAAAUAAUUAUAGUACUUAAGUAGCUACGCGUUAACUCUACAAAAAGAAGUGUUACAUAAGGAGGGUGCAGUUGUGCUGUUGCUGACACAACUGAACAUGCGAAUGGUGUGAAAAGUAAUCAGAGCAGAAUAGUAAUGAAGCGUUACCGCGGCAGUGGAGGCGCGUGGCUCGCUGUGCUCGAGCCGAGAGCGAGCGGUGACGACGCGCGCCUCUGUCCGAGACGCGAGUCUUCCGAUCGCUAAUUAUUAUUUAUUGUUAUUUUGUAAAUAAUAGUUAUGUUGGAGGCGAGUGCGGUGCACUUGCGCCAGUUUGUACAGUCAGCCGCCAUGUUGUAUAUAAGUUUACCUAGAUGCUAUAGUGUUGUUGUGUUAAGCCAUAACAUAAUCAUGUUCUGUUGUCCAAAUAAGUGUGAUGUGCUUUUUGAGGAAAUAAUUUUUCCAAAUAAAUCGAUGGACAUAAA